CUAGCGUCGAGGAUUACGCAUGCUCGUGACGCUAUAUUUAAUUCUCGAUCAGGCAAAAUGGAGGACCCGCAUCAUUUCUGUCGACUUCCUACAUUUUUCCUCUUUACUAUGACUGUCGCCAGGGAAUGAUGGUUUUUCAUUGAUCGUGCUUUUUUGCAUUGAAUUCCGUCUGAGCUAUCUAGAAGCGAUCCCCGCUAUAAGAAGACAGACCCACUCAACAGCUGUCCACUGGGAUUUUAUCACAAUUCGCCAUGUAUUUGCCUGGGCUUGGGCGUGGGCUGAAGACCCUGGCGCUCGCCCUUCUUAUCUCCAAUCCGGCUGGCGCUAUCGAUUUGAGUAUCAACGAUGAACAAUCCAUCAAAGAUGCCGCGAGCACGACCACCUAUGCGAUGAUGACCUACUAUAAGGGCAACGAGACCGGACAUAUCCCCGGAGCCUUUGCCAGCAAAUGGUGGGAGGGUGCAGCUCUCUUCUUGUCAUUGAUUCAGUAUUGGUUUUACACGGGCGACACGACCUACAAUGACGAGCUUCGCGUUGGAUUACAAUGGCAGUCUGGCACGGACGGUGAUUACAUGCCUAGCAACUACAGUAGUUAUCUGGGAAACGAUGACCAAAUGUUCUGGGGACUUGCCGCCAUGACUGCCGCCGAAUUGCAGUUUGCGGACGUUACGGAUGGAUUUUCCUGGCUCUCGCUGGCCCAGGGUGUCUUCAACACUCAGGUGAAACGAUGGGAUACUACUGAGUGCAAUGGUGGAAUGCGAUGGCAGAUUUGGCCCUACGAAUCUGGUUACACUAUGAAGAAUGCUAUCUCCAACGGCGGGCUUUUCCAACUUUCCGCUCGACUUGCUCGGUAUACCGAUGAUGCGACAUAUGCGACGUGGGCUAAGAAAAUUUGGAACUGGUCUUUGAGCUCGCCGCUACUCAGCAACUCGACUUGGAACGUUGCCGACUCUACCAAUAUGGAUGAUGGCUGUUCCACUCAAGGCAACACUCAAUGGUCAUAUAACUAUGGUACUUACAUGAUGGGUGCUGCCUACAUGUACAACUAUACAAACGGAAGUUCCGAAUGGCUUUCUGCCGUCAAUGGACUGCUGAAUAAUACUUUGGAUCAAUUCUUCCCCACCAGCAACGGUGGCAUCUUUGAGGAAGUCGUCUGCGAACCCUCGGAGAGCUGCAACAACAAUGAGAUUCUCUUCAAGGGUCUCGUCUCCUCUUGGCUUUCAUUUACCGCUCUUCUCGUCCCAUCGACAUAUAGCACCAUUUUACCUUACCUCCAAACCUCGGCCAAGGCUGCUGCCCUAUCUUGCACGGGCCAUGACAACAACACUUGCGGAGUCCGAUGGUACCAAUCCAAAUACGACGGAUGGAUCGGCAUGGAAGAGCAAAUCAGUGCCACCAGUUUGUUCGUCGCAAACAUGAUUCAGUUCAACACCAGUGGCCCGGUCACCGCAACGACGGGUGGAAAUAGUACCAGCAACCCUACACAGGGUGAGAACGAUACGACUUCGUCGACUACUACGCAGAGCGCGAUUACGACGGGAGACCGGGCCGGUGCUGGUAUUUUGACCGUCGUGUUUGUCGUUGGCUGGGUCGCUUUGAUGAGCUUUACCGUACUCGGGGGUUGAGCAUUUUGUGCAUUAGGUUUUGGAGUUGGAUUGGAUUGAUUAUUGUGGGGACUUUUUAUACCUCUUUUGAUAGUUGUCUGAAUAUAGAAUUUUGCCUUUGG